UUUUUGUUUUUUCUUUUUCAAAAUAAAUUAUUUUUUAUGUUAACUAAAUUUGUAUUAAUUACUUUAAUAAUAUCAAUUAAUUUAUUUAUUGCACAUAUACAAUGUAGAACACGUUGUGUUCGUGCAAGGGGAAGGGUUAUUUGUCCGACUGACCCUGACAGUCAUUUUAAUGUUGAAGUAAAACUUAUGGACAGCGACACACUUCCUUGGGAAAAUGACGAUGAAAUGGGUAGAGCGAGUACAGAUUUGUUGGGGAAUUACACAGUAGAGGGGUGUGCUGGGGAUUUUGGUGCUUGGAAUGAUCCUGACCCGUUGUUAUAUUCUUAUUACUCAUCGAUGUCCCGAAAUUGGACAUGA